AUGUGCUCAAGUUGCAAAACCCUCAAUUUAUCAAUCGACUCUUUGACUAUCUUGAAGACAACACUGCCGAGGAAAGUGGUGAAGAAGCGGGUUAUUGGAAUAAUUCAUGCCUUAUCGUUGAACAACAGCUUUAAGCUUGAAUACUUGUCACUCCAAAGAGGCCGAGGUAUUGAUAGAUUGGUUUCUGUGUUUCCUGAACUCGAGCAUUCAUCCCAAGUGAGGGUGAUGAACAUCUUGGAGGACCUGGGACUCGUGGCAGAUUUGGAAAAAAGACAAGAAGAAUCACCACAGCUGGAAUUUUCCAAUUUUCUUCAAUCGUCCCUUCACGAGCGAAAAGUGGUGGCAGAACCCCAGUUUCAACUCUACUUCAACAAGUUGACCCAGCUCCACAAACAGAACAAGGACCUCAAACCAACGCCUGAGUUUCUCCAGUGGCUAGCACAAGAGGCCAAUGUCCGCGUAGAGGGCCAUAAAGACACUCGGGAUAUCAGUCCUGAAAACCAGAACUUUGACAGACAAAUGCUCCAGGCAAGACACGAGGUGUUUGGUAACCCCAAUGCUAUGCGUAAAGCGUAUUUAGACGAAUUAUAA